AUGUGGCAAGACAUCCGAGGGUACGGAUUGGUGGGAUCCGGGCACAUUUCACGCCAAGGCCAACCGACUGCGUUGGUGAGGCCCACUGCUGCCGAGUGGAAUGCACUCGAGUUGCAAAUCGUUUCUCCACCUGCUGUCGUAAUCAACUCCUUUCACGACACAGUGAAGCAGCAAGUGUUGUUAGAUGUUGUCGCCGAAAAGACCACAUACAAUUCCCAGCACACAGCCUCACAACAAAACCGUCACUUCAAGGUGGGCAUUAGUGUCGACUACUACAGGAUGAAUUCGACGACCGAGAGCAACACGGGGCACCACAACUGCGUUGAGGCUACCCCAGUUGCUUGUGCAUUUCCCUUCUCGUUGCUUCACAGCACCACAGCUGUGAGAAGACCGCCAACCAUACUUGAAGUGAGGCCUGAAGAGAUGACUGGCUGGUUUUCAGAGAAUAGGGCACUGGAAGUUUUGACACGAAUCGAGGGUACGUUGAUUGAGAGGCACUUUGCAGAAGGUAGAAACUAG